UGUGGGAGAAGGAUCUAGAGAACAGGAAAGACAGAUAACAUUCCAGAGAAACAUAGUCCCUGCCCUCCACAAGCUGUCUUGUCGAGGGUGUAGGAGAUAUACACAUACAUAGUUCAAUAAUUGUUUAAGAUAGUAUCUGGUAAAAUACUAACAUGACUUAGAGAGUAGAGUAUUGAAUUGGAGGCAAGGGGAGGGAGGACUUGGAGAAGCAAGGUCAUUUGGGUUAAAAAUAUCCGGAGAUUUCCUGAUGAGCCGCCGUCACGGGCACCAGUUGUCAGGUGCAAAGACUGAGAGGGACAUGAACGCAUCUGGGUAGGUGUGGAGGUGGGGAACUGGAAAGAGGCAGGCCUGGAGACACGUGUGGUGGUGUGAGUGAAUGGACAUGACUGGAUCUUGGGGACUUAAGCAGGGGGUUGGGGCCAGUGUCAAUCAGGCUGGAUUGUAUCGGAGUUUGAAGGCUAAACUGAGCAGUUUCGCCUUUACAUUUUAGGCAGUAGUGAGCCCUGCAGGUUUAUUUAUUCCUUCCACAUUCCACUUUCCAUGACGCUGUUGAAGUGCUUUGAGGAAAUGAAAAGGGGUUUAGAACAAUUUUUAUCACGUUUUGUGGUUAGUAGGAUAAUUUCUAAUUUGAAAAUUUGCAAAGUGUAGGAAAUCAGAGGACUAAAAUAUAUUUGAAAAUCUUAACACCGAGAGAUGGGUUACCAUUUUGUUUUAGAUAUCCUCCUCUCCUUUUUUUUUUUCCGUGUGCAUUUAUACAAUUAAAAUUUAAACAAAAUUGGGGUUACAUUAUAAAUACUAUUUUACUAUGUGCUGUUUUUAAUUUUUUUUUAAAUUUUUUAAUUUUAAUUUUAAUUUUUAGAGAGAGAGCAAGAACAUGCGUUCAGGGGAAGGGGCUGAGGGAGAGAGAGAGAGAGAGAGAGAGAGAGAGAGAGUAAAUCCCAUGCAGGCUCUGUGCUGUCAGCACAUAGCCUGACACGGGACUCAGUCUCCAGACUCUGAGAUCAUGGCCUGAGCCAAAAUCAAGAGCCGUAUGCUUAACCGACUAAGCCAUCCAGGUGCCUCUACGACGUGCUGUUUUGAGUUUGAUAGAAGUUUAUAACCGUUCUAUAAAUAUAUGAAUAUUAAUGAUAGCACUAAUUUCUCUUUUGGGUGGGUAUUCCAUAACUUAUUGAAACAUCCUGGACAUUUUGGUUGCUCCCAGGCUGUGGCUGAUGUAAGUAAUGCUGCAGUACAAUUCCCUACAGAUCUUUGUGUACACAUUUGGUACUUCCUUAGGUUACAUCCCAUCUUGGUACAUAGCCUUCCAGAAGGUAUAUACCAGUUUCUUCUGCAACCAGCAGGAUAUAUGAUUGUCUAUUUCUUACUUCUUCACUGACAGUACAGAUUAUUAUUUUAAAAGACCUAAAACCCUUCCUACUAAUAAUGGUCUUUAAUGAAAGGAAUGCUUUAGGGAAAUCGACUUGGUGGCAUUUUGGAGGUUAUAUUGGAUGUGGGUAGAAGUGGAGAAGGGGAACCAUCAUCUUUUUGGUGUUUGUGGUAAACUCCACACUCGGGUGAUUUCUGUGGAGAUGGAGAGGGUUGAAAGAAAAGCCAUUUCAUGGGGGGGAAAGGACACUGCGUGACUGAUUGGCGAGCUGACCAGAAGGGCACCUAAAGGUUUGCUUCUAGAAAAUGGGAAUAUUGGCUUCCUGUCAGUUAACUGUCAGAUGGGGGAAUCCAUUUUAGGGGUUACAAGUUUCAUUUUAGACGGGUGGAGUUUGAAGAGAUGGUCAGACCAGUUGGGGAGGUCAAGGUCUGGAGUUUAGGAGACUCGAGGGCUGGAAUCUUAUUUAUGGUUAUGCUGUUUGAGGUGUUGUCCCCACCCAGAGGCUGGACAGCUGGGCUUUCAGGGGACGGAAUGAGGACAGCUGGCUACUGCAAGGGACACGAUUAGAAGAAGAUAGAAAAUCCUCGGUACCUGAGACAGAAGCCUAUCCCAGUUGCUCUGAUGACCCCCAAAUGUAGCCUGAGAAAAUCCAGCAGCCUCCAUGAUGAUCCUCUACUCUUCCGAAUGCACGAGAAAGAGUUGGACAUAAAAACAAAAAUGAUAGAAGCCAAAUACCACGAGGAGAAGCUGAAACUGCAGCAGAAACAUGAUGCCGAUGUUCAGAAGAUUUUAGAAAGAAAGAAUAAUGAAAUAGAAGAAUUGAAAAUUUUAUACAAAAAGAAACAAAAUGAAAUGGAGGAGACUGUUAGAAAACUUGAAAAGAAAGUUCAGAUCCUUAUACGUGACUGUCAAGUUAUCAGAGAGACCAAAGAAAACCAGAUUACAGAGCUAAAAAAGAUAUGUGAACAGAGUACUGAAUCUCUGAAUAAUGACUGGGAAAAAAAGCUCCACAAUGCCGUGGCAGAAAUGGAAAAGGAGAAGUUUGAUCUUCAAAAGCGGCACACGGAAAAUAUUCAAGAGUUGCUCGAGGACACAAAUGUACGUCUGAAUAAAAUGGAGGGUGAAUACAUGGCACAGACACAGUCCACGAACCAGAUGGUCAAAGAACUGGAGUCCCGUGUCCAGCAGCUGACUGGAGAAGCAGAGAACAGUAAUUUGCAGAGACAGAAAUUAAUUCAAGAAAGAUUGGAACUUGAGAGAAUUUACCAGAUAGCAUGUAAUGAAUUACAAGAAGUAAAGGCAAGGCGCAACUCACUACAUAAAGAGAAAGAUCACCUUGUGAAUGAUUAUGAACAAAACAUGAAACUAUUACAAACCAAAUAUGAUGCUGAUAUAAACCUUCUGAAAAAGGAACAUGCUCUUUCAGCUUCUAAGGCAUCUGGUAUGAUUAAAGAACUAGAACAGAACAUCUGUCAAUUAAAACAGCAGCUCCAGGAAUCAGAACUUCAAAGAAAGCAACAGCUAAGGGAUCAAGAAAAUAAGUUUCAAAUGGAGAAAAGUCAUUUAAAACACACCUAUGAGAAAAAGACUCAUGACCUGGAGAGUGAACUUGGUAAAGAGAAAGAAGAAGCUCAAAAGAAAAUCCAUAAACUUGAGGAAGCACUGAAGGAGAAAGAGGAGCAGCUGACUCGUGUGACUGAAGUUCAGAGGUCGCAGGCCCAGCAGGCGGAUGCUGCCCUGGAAGAGUUUAAGCGGCAGGUGGAACUGAACUCAGAGAAAGUCUACGCCGAAAUGAAAGAGCAGAUGGAAAAAGUAGAAGCAGAUCUAACCAGAUCCAAGUCUCUUCGUGAGAAACAGUCAAAGGAGUUUUUUUGGCAGCUGGAGGACGUCAAACAACGAUAUGAACAGCAGAUAGUAGAGCUGAAGCUGGAGCAUGAACAGGAGAAGACGCACCUAUUACAGCAGCAUAACGCAGAGAAGGAUAGCCUAGUCCGAGACCAUGAACGGGAAAUUGAAAACCUGGAAAAACAGCUUCGCGCUGCCAAUAUGGAGCACGAAAAUCAAAUUCAAGAGUUCAAGAAACGAGAUUCACAGGCUAUUGCCGACAUGGAAGCCCAAGUUCACAAGUUGAGAGAAGAGCUGAUACAUGUGAACUCACAGCGGAAACAGCAGCUGGUGGAACUCGGCCUUCUUCGUGAAGAGGAGAAGCAAAAGGCUGCAAGGGACCAUGAGACCGCGGUCUAUAAACUGAAGGCCGAGUCAGAAAAGAUGAAGUUGGAGCUGAAGAGGGCUCAUGCCGCCGAGACAGACGUGGCAUUGGAAAAGGCCAACAGCAGGCUGAAGCAGAUGGAGAAGGAAUACACCCAGAAGCUCGCCAAAUCUUCACAGAUCAUAGCAGAACUUCAGACAACCAUUUCCUCUCUGAAAGAGGAGAAAAGCCGGCUGCAGCUUGCUGCAGAAAGACGGCUCCAGGACGUUACACAGAAGUUUGAAGAUGAGAAGAAGCAGCUGAUUAGAGAUAAUGACCGAGCAAUCAAGGCUUUGCAAGACGAACUAGAAAACCGCUCUAACCAAGUGCGAUGUGCGGAGAAAAAACUACAACACAAGGAACUGGAGUCACAGGAACAGAUAACUUAUAUACGGCAAGAAUAUGAAACAAAAUUCAAAGGAUUGAUGCCAGCAUCUCUAAGGCAAGAGCUUGAAGACACCAUUUCCUCCCUCAAGUCACAGGUUAACUUUCUGCAAAAGCGAGCGUCCAUCCUUCAGGAAGAACUGACGACCUACCAAGGCAGAAGGUAACUGCACGGAGGCUUACCUGAGUAGCACAGGCAAAGGUGGCAGACACACCCGGGCUUAUACUGUGGACUUCUUCCAGCAGGUUUGAAGAUUUGGAUGUUGUAGAAUAAACUGUGAGAUCAGUGAACGUUUUUUAAUACUUAAAUGUAAUUAAGAUCAUAAACACAUGCAUCACUCGGACGCUACGGGGUGGUUUUUAUUUGUGUCUGCCUAAGUUAUUAUUUUUUUUUAACAUUUCUUUAUUUCUGAUUUCCAUAUUUGCAUGCAUUUGAGCAUGGCCUGAGAGUUGCUUCUGCGGGGAAAAGAAAUGAUUGCUCAUAAGAUGCCUCGUUGACGCGUUUGCGUAGGAUUUUACCAGUCACGUACGAUCAACAUCACGUUUGUAGUGUCGCGUCCCAAAUGUGAACAUGCUUCCCUUGUUUUCAUGUUCAUGUAUGAUUAAAACAUUGUAUUUUGUA